GGUUGUAACUGCUGAACUUACAUUCUAUUUGGAAGCACUGAGGGCUUUGAAGGUGCUUCCAUCAGAAGAAUUAGCAGAUGAAUCAAUGAAUGAAAUAUGGGAUGCAAGGUAACACAUGGCCUCUUAGUGUGCAGCCAUGCAACAGUAGAGCUGCAAUCCAAUCAUGAAAAACAGUACAGUUGGCUGAAACUUUUCAGCAAGUGUUGGGGAUAAUUAAAUGGAGGCUAUUUUUCCUAUGAAGUUGACACUUCAGAAACUUUUUAUACAGGUUAUUUCCUUUAAUAUGUAAAUAGGAUGUUAUUUAAAAAGUCAAGUCAUAACUUCAACUUAAUUUUGUGUUAUAAUCAUGAGCAUCGGUCAUGCCAAUUUUCUUUGAUGUUUAAAUCUUCUAUUGUAUAGGCUGUGAUUUCAUUUAUUACUUUCUAUGUACAGAAUGGUUCUUAAAUCCUCAAAUGAAUGUGAAGUCGUGAGAGUUAGGGAAGAGUAAUUUGAAAGAAGAUAGUGUAUUGGUUUAUAAAUAUAUGGUUGAAUGGGGAUGUGAGUUCAGCAAAUGAUUCUUUUUCCUUUUCUUGUAAUUUGUUAGCAGUAUUAGUUUCAAAAUGCUUUGUAAUAUUCCUGUCAUAAUUACUCGCUAUAAGGUAAUAUUGUAUUGGGGAAAGCUAGAGCUACAAAAAUCUUGUAGCAAGUUAUAAGAUUAAAUUUUGAAAUAUUCUUUUGCAUUAGGGAAAGGUAAUAGAACAUAUUUCAUAAUAUUAAAUCUGUGUUAAAUAACUUAUUUCUUCUUUAAAGAUACAUUAACAGUUCAUGGAAAAUUACAUUUUUACUGUUGUAGCAUUUUGUUCAUCUAAUUUGUAACACUUUUGUGUUAGUCAAAAAGAGUCCUCUCUCCAUCUGUCCGGGUUUGUUCAUAGAGGUGGCCUCACCAAUUAAGUGAAAGAUGUUGAUCUGUUACCUGGUAUUGUCAAAAUAAUUAUGAUCAACAUUAAUAAUUUCAAGAAUUAAUGGGUAAUUGUAUGUCAUUGGGACAGGUUAUUUGAGAAACAACAUAUUUCGCAUUUCAGUACCCUCAUUUCUCUUUGAUUAAAACUUCUCUGUAGCUGGUAGAUAAUAGUUUAUGAAAGAGGAAAUUGAUCACUGUUCAGUCAGAGGCUUCAAAUAUUUAAAAUAAUACCAGAGGUCCAAAAGCAAUCCUAAAAAAAGAAUGCAAUUCUGAAUUAAACUUCCAGUUGAAUGUCAUAGUGCAUUGUUAUUUCUUGGUGCAGGUGAUCGUCAUGUGCAAAAAUUAUUUGGCAACCAUAUACAAAGUCAUUUAGUAUUGAUUCUAAAGAUAGCUGGGUGUAUUUCAAAUUAAUUUUAGGUCUCUUUUUCUACUAUUCAGUCUGUAGAUUACAUAUCUAUAAUUGAAAUGUUCACUUAAUUGAUGAAAAACAAUUUGAUUUAACGCAAACUAAGAAAUGGGAGCAAAGAUUCUACUUACUAUUAAAAAGAAUCUAAAGCAAUUAAAUUGGAUUUUACUAUAUACAAUUGUGAUUUAGCUUUAAUUGGCCAACAUGAUCUUUGCAGCCAGUUAUUUGUAUAGAUAAAUGUUAUAACAAAUUAUUUUAUUGUUGCUGCAAAAAUAACCUUAAAGUAUGUACUGAGAUGAAAAAAUUGUUGUUUUUAGAUUUACAUAAUUAAAAGAGAUCUGAGGAAUAAUAUUUAGAAAACACCAUUUGAAAUAUUACGCAGCUAAUAUUGAAUAAUAAACAUAAUUAAUAGUUGUCAAACAAAAUUAACUAGAUAUCUCAAUUAUCUUUAUAGUAGUUAUUGAUAUUACAACACUCCUAAUUUGAUCUCUCUCAUUCGACUCGUCUACUCCAUCUGUAUCAUAGAAAUAUGUAAUUACACAGCGUUGAAAUGGAUAUUUUAUGUAUUUACUUAUAAUAUGUAUAUACUUAUUAUUUACUUAUGCAUUAAUAUUAAGCUGAUUUCUUUGAAAUAAUUGAUUAGAUGAAACAGGAAAAUUUCAAAGUGGAGUAACAGCCAAAAUGUGUAUUUUCAUUAAUUUCAAUAUUUUUUCUGCAUUGAAGUUGAAAGGUAACAUCAUGCACUUAUUUCUCAAAUCAUUUAUAAUUAACUGUUGCUAUAAAUCAGUACAGUACACCAGUGCGUGUUUACUCCUAACGAGUUCACCCUCAGUCACAUUCUUGCUGCCCUAGGGAAAUAUCGUGUUCAGUUUUGUCAAAACAAUUCUACAAGUAUGACAAACAACAACAAGGAGUUUUUGUUUUUAAGUCACGUGUUAAUAGAAUUAAUUUUUAGUAAUACAAUUCAUGGCAUCGUGGCAUGAGAUCAAUUUCAAACAAGUUUGUCUUAUAUGCGAGUAAGUUGUGGCAUAUUUUUUACUUUUAAUGUUUGCAACAGAAUUCACUUUCUUAGAAAUCCAAUUUUUAAAGUAUGCUCCUAAUGGUGGAAGUACUGUGCAACUACAUAAUUGUUAUAAUUUUUAAUGUAAAAGUGAGUUGUUUAUGUUCUGUGUGUUAAUUGUUUAUUUUAUUGUCACCCCAAUUCCUGGGUUCUUUUUUAUUCUUUUUGAAUGCAAUAAGCAGCACUUUAGUAGCAAGUGCAUACUCAAUUUCACUGAAAGAAGCCCUAAUUUCUUUUGUUGUGCCAGUCCUUAUGUUUGUAAGAGUUCCCGGGAAGAAAAAGGGAAUCAUAUUCAUGAAUGAGUUAUUACAGGUUUCAUUUCUUAUAAGGAUUUUAAAUGUUAAGUAAAACUGUUGCACAAGAGUACUCUGAAGGAAGUAGUGGUGUAAGAAAAAGUAUGAAGUCUUUCAUGAUCACACAUUAAUCACCAAAAGACACUUGAAUCAACUUAAAUUGAAAAAAUUGUGAUAUCAACUGAAUAUGUGUACUGCUAUUAAGUACAUGGAAAAUAGAAUUUUAAGAACUUUUCUUGAAUAUUCUGACAUAUGCAGAAGACUUAAAUUUUUUUUUUUUUUUGAGUUUUAUUAACCUAUUGUUUAAUUUAUUGGAAUUUAUGCAAAAGGUCUUAUAUUUUGUUGUUUUUUUUGAUCCUGCCCUUUGCAUGGAUUGUAAAUUAAAAUUCAUAUUCAUUGAUUAAUUCAUAAAUUAAUGUUCAUGAGUUAUGUUUAAAAAUUGUGGUUAAUUUUCUACUGGAGGUCGUUCAUUUAAAAUUGUUUUUUUCCUCUCGAUUUACUAUUUAAUAGCCUUUACUAUUAAUAUCUCUCUUAAAAAGUCCUUCAUCUUUCAAAGUUCAAAAUUUUUAAAAUAUACUUUGUCUAUUUAGAUAAAAGUUUAUUAAGUGUCAAAGUAUAUGAUGAUGACAUUGAUUUUUCAUACCUUUGCUCUUGCCAAUUUGCAUCUCUAUGUUGCAGUACUUUUUUACAUUCUUGCCAUUCUAUUUCUUCAGUUUUAUUAUAUUUCCAGUAUAUUUUUUUUUUGGAAAUUAUUCAAUAAGUAGUUUUUUUUAUAAAUAUGCUGUGCUCGGGAACAUUAAAUAGCAUUCCUGGCCAAUAAGCCAAUUAUUGGAAAUUUACUUUUAUAAUAAAAAAAUUACUUUUUCAUUCCAACAAUGAGUCUGUACUGUAUUUUAGGAAGUCAGUGCCAUGCUUGUUACUUAAGACUGACUUAUUCAAGAACAAUUCCAAUGGUUUUAUGUUUAUCUGUAGUUGGUUAUUGUACUAACUUUUAUCCUGAAAUAACCAUUGAAACUUAAGUCAGAAAAUGUCCUUAAGCUUAUUCUUCCACACAGCAAUUUCAAUGGUCAGACCAUCCCUUUCAAGGAUUUUGACUAAAACACUGGUGUAUAUCACAGACCUAAUUCUUGCUCUACUUGACCAUGAUUCAAUGGACCAAAAAAAGGAAAAUCAAAGAUCGAUGAGGCAUUAUCAGAAUAGUUAGUUCUCUUCAAGAUGAUGAAAUAUCAUGCAACAUAAAAUUAAGUUAUCAAUUUCAAAAUAUUAGAAAGACAGUAUUUUCAAAACUUUUUUUUUUCUUCUUCUUCUUCUUUAAAGAACUCUUGCCAAUGAUAUAUUUUAGAUCUUAUGAUAAUCCAAAUUGUUAAGUAUAACAUGUCAGGUGACAGAUGGCUGCAUAUUACGAACCAUUACUUAUUGUUAGUUGUUAUUCUCUUAUUUACUUUGUAGUGGAAAAUAUUGAUUGAGAAAAUUCUGCAUUAAUAUGUAUUAACAAAACUGGUUCUUAAUAAGAAAAUUAUCAGUUGCUGAAAAUCAAUUGUUGCACAGUACUUUCAAUAUAUAACACGAAUAUAACUUGAAGUCAGCAUCAUUGUAUAGAAUACUGCUCAUUCUCUUGAUGCUUACGUACUCAUUAGUCAAUUACUUUGUAAAAAUAAUAAUGCUAGAGCAGAGAAUAAGUGAUUUGUUGCUGUAAUGUAAAUGUUCCCUUAGAAAUUCUUACCUCUAUUGUUGUUGAUCUGAAAUUUCGCUGUGAAGUGUGUAAAACAAGAAAUUGAAGAACAUCCUCUAAUAUAACUACAAAAUAUUUGAAGUAACUUUGUUGUUAACAUUGCAUUUUUGUAUACUGUGUAUUAUUCAGUGUUCUGUGAUUUACAUUUAAACUUGCCUGAAUGGUAAGCCUGUAUUCCUACUGUGAAAUAUAUCUUGGCACAAAGGAUGUAAAGGUGAUAAUUUUAGAGAAUUGGCUUUUUUAAUGGUUGAGAACAUGCUUGUCAAGGUUGAUUUUAAAGGGAAUAUAAGAAUGCCAAAUUUAAGAGAAAGGCAAUAUGUACUAUGUACAAUUUGCCGUACAAACUAAUGACUGAAGUUGCUGUUAAUCUAGUCAGCAGAAUCUGUUGUGUUGAUUUCACUGUGAAACAUUUCUACACUGGUAGUUAUAAUUCCAUAUAUAGUCUGCAUUAUCAGAUUAGGGUAAAUGUUUAGUUCUCAUUUUUGUUGAAUUUCUUCAUUAAUAUUUUACUUGUAAAUGCCGGGAGUAAAUUAAAUGUGAGCAAUUCGUGUAAUUGUAUGAUUACUUCAAUAAUAUCAAUAUCUGUAGUAAAAGUGUUCUUAACAUUCCUGAAAAGUGUGUUUUUACAUCCUGAACUUCUGUACUGUGCCCAUGUGAUAUGUAAAAUCUCUUCAGCAACAAGUGGCUGUACACCUCGGUUAUCUAUUUGACCAAUUCCGGAUUUAUAAAAGUAUUGUGGAUGAUAAAUAUCAGACAAAUGUGCUAAAUAUUUAUAUUUAUUUUUGUGAAGGAGCCAUGUAUAAUUUAUGCACAUCUAACUUAAAUUUUCAUUUUAUAUUUUGUGAGUACUUAAUUGAUUUUCUUUUAAAUCUGUAAAUAUACAUAAGAUUUAUAUACAUACUAUCCAUUUAUAGUUUUGUUAAUAAAUCAAAUGUACUGUAGUUUAAUCUGUCAUAGUGUACUGGCUACAUAAUGUUUUGAUUUUUUUUAAUAACCGAAACUGGAAUACAUUGGGAUGAAUAACAAACAGUAUAUGUGUCUGGCCUUAUUUGCCUGUGUGCCUGAAUAGCACUAUAAGGAAAAAGUCUGUUAAGGUAGAAUUCUUUUACGGAAAAAAGUUUUGCAAUGUGUUUUUCAUAACACAUUAUUGGGUUUAAGAUAAUUUCAUAGUGAAAGAAGUUGAAUAGUUGAAUUAAAUCUUUCUUUUGUACUCUUCAGUUAAUACUUUAAGAAAUUGGAUGCACUUCUGUGAGAUUUUGUCAUUCUCUACCAGCUGUGUUUACAGUGGUUGAGAAAGAGAAACCCAUUCUUUCAAAAGCAUGACUUAUAUUAGUGGAUUCACAACAUUUUUCAAAUGUUUAAAAAUGGAAGGAAUAUCAUGUUAUUUACUAAAAUUUCUCUCACAUUUGAUUUUUUGACUACAAGUGAAAGUAUCCAUGUAACUUCACUCCGUUGAAGUCCGUUGUAGUACAGUCAUUAGUGGAAAGUUAUAUUUUAGAAACAAAACAUGUUUUCCAAGAAAUUCAUUUGGGUGCAAAGUUCAGAGAGCUCAAGAAAUGUGUUCAGAAAGAAAAGGUGCAAAUGUUUAUUUUCAAAUAUGUUUAAAUGUUUAUUUACAUUAUAACUAACAUGUAAUAUAUAAAAGUUAGGUAACAAAUAAGCAGUAAUUAUUUAAAUUAGCAAUAAAUGUAUUAAAAUGUAUAAUAAAAAGUAUCAUUUCAAAUUGCUACAUGAUAUAAGCAAUGCAAUCUACAGGAAAGCACUUUUGGUACAUCUUAUGCUAGUAAAACAACUUGGAAAUAUUGUUCUGCUAUUAUCACGUGCAUACAGUAAACAAUUUUAUUAUGAUGAAAGAAAAGUGGAAAUGGGCAGUAGACAAUGGUUGUUUGUACAACGAAGUACUCGACGAAAUGUGUUUGUGAAGAGUAGCAGAGUGUGGUAAAAUCUUGCCAGAGUUUUGUUUUGUUAAUCUCUGCUUUCUGAUGGAAUUAUCCAAAUGUAAAAGUUAGUGCUUCAGAGGUGGGGGUUAAUUUGAUUAUGAAGGCGAUUUUCUUGAUUUCCUACGAAGGA